AUGAAGUCAGUGAUGAGAAACCAUUCGGCAAUAAUGACGUUCAUCAUAAUGGGUUUGACAAAUGACCCACAACUGGAGAUUUUGGUUUCUGCCUUUCUGUUUAUCACAUACAUGUUGAGUGUGGUUGGGAAUCUGACUAUCAUUUCUCUCAUCUUGGUGGAUUCUCAUUUAAAGACAGCUAUGUAUUUUUUUCUUCAAAACUUCUCUUUCUUAGAACUCUCAUUCACAACGGCCUGUAUCCCAGCAUACCUGUACAUCAUAUCAAGUGGGGACAGAACCAUCACCAUUAAAGCCUGCUUCAGCCAAAUAUUUUUUAUUGUCCUCUUUGGAGCUACAGAAUUUUUUCUCUUGGCUGUGAUGUCCUAUGACCACUAUGUGGCCAUCUGCAAACCCCUGCAUUACGUGACCAUCAUGAACAGCAGAGUCUGCAGGAAUCUCAUCCUCUGUUGUUGGGUAUCAGGUCUAUUGAUUAUCCUCCUGCCCCUUGGCCUAAGCCUCCAGCUGGAAUUCUGUGACUCUGUUACUGACCUUUACUGCGAUGCUUCUCCAAUACUGAAGAAUUCAUGUUCAGAUACAUGGUUUAUAGAGCAGCUGGUUAUAGUCUGUGCUGUGCUGACCUUCAUAAUGACGCUUUUUUGUGUUGUUCUGUCCUACGUAUACAUCGUUAGGAUGGUUCUGAGAUUACCCUCUGCCCAGCAAAGGAAAAAAGCCUUUUCCACCUGUUCCUCCCACAUGAUUGUGGUUUCCAUCACAUAUGGCAGCUGUAUUUUCAUGUAUAUCAAACCUUCAGCUAAGGAUGAAGUGGCCAUUAAUAGGGCAGUUUCUCUGCUCACUCCGUCUGUUGCCCCUUUGUUGAACCCCUUCAUUUAUACCCUGAGAAAUAAACAAGUAAAGCGGUCUUUCCAUGAUGCUCUCAAAACAUUUGUAUUUCACUCAAAGAAGCAGUAG